AUGGGUGGUCAGGAGAAGACGUACUUUGAGCAGCAGCGCGAGGCUCUGAUUGGCGAGAUUGCAAUGAGUUUUGAGCACGUCUUGGCCAACAUCAACAAGUUAAACCGAUCUCUUGAGGCAGUCACCGCUGUCGGCAACGAAUUCUCCUCGGUCGAGGCACUAUGGUCGCAGUUCGAGAACGUCAUGGACAAAGAUGGCAAGGCUGAAGGCGAGACGGAACAGGCUGAUCAGACGGAGCAUCAUGAAGAAGAAGGUGAUACUACAGUGAAGCACGAGGGGACGUGA